AUGACAUUUUCACUCGUGAACUCUGGUAUAAAACGGUCAUCCAAGGAAGAACGGAAAGGACAUGUGAGGAGUUUGGUGGGAUAACUGCUCACGCGUUCCUCCGCUCCUGAGCAAAAAAUGACCAGUCUGUGCAGGUUAAACCUUGUUUUCAUUCUUUGGAUCUCAACAACAUUCAUGUGCUUGGGUUACCCAGUUGUCCCUUCCAUGGGCAGUAAUCCUUCUCAUUUGAAUGGCCAGCUGUCCGGGAACACUGAUUACUGCCUCAUCCUGCUGAAUAGCUGCUUAGCCGUGAUGGACAGGAGUGAGGACCGGGCUUUUUUGAAGCCUUACCUGGAGCUGCCUUUCAGUAAAAGGUCCUUUCGCAACGGUGUCGGAUCGGGAAUUAAAAAAACUUCCUUUCGAAGAGCAAAGUCAUAA